AUGGCGACUUCAGCACCGGAUCAUAUCGUUGAUCCCAUGGAGGUCGACAUGGAUAUCGGUAUAGACAACACCAAUCCGGGAGCCGAGAAGGCAAGAACCAUUUCCAAGGCAGAAUGGGAGAAACACAAACAAGACAUCUAUCAACUCUAUAUGAUAGAGAAGAAACCGAUGGCUGACCUUGUGAAUGCUAUGGUGGGAAAGGGCUUCAAGGCCAGUGGACUUACAUUUUGCGCAACACAAGGCGAAGCGCAGUACUUUCGCAUGUUGCGAGAAUGGGGAUUCCACAAGAAAAUGAAGAGACAAAGACCUUCAGAAGCACAGAGACGAAGAGCCGAUAUUGGGCCUGGAAACCAAGUUCAGAUUCCUCAGGAUCCUCGUACAGCGUUUACAAUUCAAUCACAAGGCUUUCUCCCCUUAGAUUCGGGUACCUUGGUUCCUCGGACCACUCUGCAUGGAACGGAUUCAAUCGGAUACGGCUCAGGGAAUAAUUCCCAGACCUACUUUCGCAGUACCGGUCAAAAUCAAGGGAGUUGUCAGUUCGACGUCGGAUAUGGCUAUCCGAACCCCCCGUUACCUGCACUCUCGACUGACCCGUUCAUAAACCCCGACGAUCCUGGCAACCUUUCCGAUGAUUUCUUGAAUUUCGGCUCGAAUAAUAAUUUCAAUGAAUUGUCGCUUCUCACGACCGAACCUCUCAACAAUGUCAACACCGGGGAGGCGUCUCGUGGCCUAUCAAACGCCCGGGAUGUACAAGACAACAACACAAACAGUGGCGGUGGUUCAUCCAGAAGCUCUGGCGCCGCCGGCAUGAAAGGCAAACAGCCAAUCCAUUUUGCCGUGCAGACUGGCAACUUGAACGGUGUCAAGUUCUUGCUCGACAAGAAUCCCAAAUGCGCUCAUUUGUGCGGCGAAGACGGAAUUUCGCCCCUCUGGAUUGCUGCCCAACAAGGACACACGAGGAUCGUGAAGCUCCUCAUUGACGGUUAUCAAGCUGACGUCAACACGGCAUCCACCGAUUCGAAGCGUACUCCACUCCAUCAGGCGUCUCAAAAUGGUCAUACCGAAAUUGUGCGAAUCUUGCUGGACAAGGGAGCUCUACCUGAUCUCCGCGACUCCGAAGGCGUGUCUCCACUGUGGACUGCCGCGCAGAAAGGAUCUGUUGAGACCGUCAACUUGCUGGUGAGCCGUCCUAACGUUGAGAUAGAUGCUAUGCCCACCGACAUCAAACGCACUGCUCUCCACCAGGCUGCACAAGGCGGCCAUACUGAAAUAGUCCGCGUUCUUCUCGAACACGGGGCCAACGUUGAUCCAAAGGACCUUCGCGGUAUCACUCCUCUCUGGAGCGCCGCACAAAGGGGUUCCGAGGAAAUUGUCACUAUGCUGCUCCAAAAAAAUGCUAGUGCCGACACAAUGAGUACUAGCGGGGAGAAUCGCCGGCCUCUUCAUCAAGCCGCGCAGAAUGGACAUACUACGGUUUGCAAGCUGCUUCUCAAGUAUGGAGCAUCCUAUGAGCCUCUUGAUGAUACCAUGUGUUCCCCCUUGUUCUUCGCUUCCCAGGGCGGUCACUCCGAAAUUGUCAGGAUGUUGCUUGAGAAAGGCGCUAGUCCUGAAAAUACUUGGGAAGGCAAAGACGGCAAAGGGCGGCGAUGUCUCCACCAGGCUGCACAAAAUGGUCAUCUCGAGACUGUCAGGCUUCUUUUAGACCACGGUGCUCACGCAGAGCCUGAGAACGACAGCAGUGACAGUUCAUCUGGCGAUGAUUCUGAUGACACCACCGAAGACGAAUCCCAGCCAAAGUAUAGCUUCAAGAGCUACAAGCAAGCAAUGAAAGCAGCCAAAAGGAGAGGAACCGAAUCGACCAAAUCGACCAAACCGACCAAAGCACCUUCAAAGUCUAGCAACAAAUUAUCUGAUCUAAGACCUCCCUCGCCGUUGGGCCUUGCACUUCAGAACGGCCAUUAUGAUGUUGCAAAGCUCCUAAUUGAACGAGGGGCGGAUGUCAACUCGGUUGCCCAUCUCACCUUGGUGCGACCUCUUCAUUUCGCUGUGUUCAGUGGCAAAGAGGAACUGGUCAAGCUUCUCAUCGACAAUAAAGCUGACAUCAAUGGCCGUGAGGUAGACGGAUGGCCUCCACUAAUGUUUGCUGCUCAAAUCGGGAACUGCAAGAUGAUUGACAGCUUCAUUGACGAGGGAGUCGAUGUGAAUGCAACGGCAAACUCGGGUGUAACUGCACUGUGGAUAGCAUCCCAGCAAGGCCAUACUGCAGUCGUGCAAACACUUCUCAAGGCCGAGGCGAGAUCCUUCGCUGCGAAAUCUGGGAGAUACCCUGUCCACCAAGCGGCACAAAAUGCACAUUUCGAAGUUGUGAAAUUGUUGGUUGAGGAGGAUCCAAAUUGUGUAAAUCUGAAGGAUGCCCGUGGUACCAGUUUGAUAUCGCUUGCGUCAAGCGGAAGGGAGACUGUCCGAGUUGAUAUCAUGAAGUAUCUCGAUUCAAAGGGAGCGCCCAUUAUAGAGGAAGAAUGA